CCCAUCCCAUCCCAUCCCAUUCCAUCACAUGGCAUGCCAUCCUCCAGCCCAUCCGACCAUCCCUCCGCCACAUACCGCCUCACACACCAUUCACCACACACAAGCGCCACAUCCAACCAUCACAACACAUCAACAGCACACCAGCGCCACUAUCACGCCUCACCAACCUCACAACACUCAAUGGAGAGUCUUGAGAGCCUGCUACUGUCGGUUGUCACGGCGCAAGGAAUCCAGUAA